AUGUUUUCAUAAUUAAUAGGCAAUUGACUUUAGUACCCUACAUAUCAAUAAAUAACCUCAAUUUUUGGUAUAAACUUCAACUAGCCAGAAGAAAAUAUUGCUAUAAAAAAUCAUUUCAUCACAAAUAUAAUGGCAACAAAACUCAUACUCAUAAUUUCCAUCCUUAGAUUUCUUAGCUUCAUGACCCUUUUCACAAAAUCAAUUGCACAAUCUGCAAACUAUGUAGGUGAUGAUUGUAAAAACUCAACAGAACAAUCUCUUACAGCUACAUACAAAUCAAACCUUAACAAAGUAUUGUCAUUGCUUUCCUCUGAUGCUAUUGUAAGCAAAGGAUAUAAUCACACAAGCAUAGGUGAUAACACAGUUGAUGCUGUUUAUGGUCUCUAUGAUUGUAGGGGUGAUGUUAGAGGUUCAUUUUGUCAAUUUUGUGUUUCUACUGCUGCCUCAGAUAUUCCUCAAUACUGUCCUAAUAGAGCCUCAGUUACUAUAUGGUACAACUUUUGCAUUCUCAGAUAUUCCAAUCAUAAUUUCUUUGGAAAGCUAACAACAGAUCCAUCAUGGUACAACAUAUCUGGGUCAGAAAACAUCAAUAAUCCACAAGAACUUGAGAAAGCUGAGGAUAAUAUGCAAAGUUUGAUCAAAGAAGCUACUUUGGAUACCAAAAAUUUAUUUGCAAUGGGUGAGUUCAAUUUGAGUACUAAUAAAAAAAGAUAUGGAAUGGUGCAGUGUAGUAGGGACCUUAAUGACAAGCAAUGUAAUCAAUGUUUGGGGGCUAUGUUAGACAAAGUUCCUAAAUGUUGUGGGACAAAGAUUGGUUGGCAAGUUCUUGCUCCAAGUUGUUUGAUAAAAUAUGAUGAUUUUAAGUUCUAUGAACUUAUUUAUCAAACAUCAACUCCUUUGGCAGCUGGCCAAGGAGGUUCAAAAAUAUCAAAUACCUUGAUCAUCAUCAUAGUCAUUGUGUUGGUGGUGGCAGUUGCUCUCAUGAGUUGUUGUAUCUACUUCAUAUGGAGGCUUAAUCAUUCAAAUAAAGAUGGAUUAGAAUCAGAGACAAUUCCUAUAUCUCUUCAUGACCGUAAAGGAAACGAUUCAAUAAAUUCCAACCUUCCAAUAAUCCCUUUAACUUGGAUUAAACAAAGUACUAAUAACUUUUCCGAGUUAUGUAAACUAGGAGAAGGUGGAUUUGGCCCUGUUUAUAAGGGUAAUUUAGUAGAUGGAACAGAAGUUGCAAUCAAAAGGCUAUCUAUAACAUCUGGUCAAGGUUCACAAGAGUUCAAAAAUGAAGUGAUCUUUAUAGCUAAAUUGCAACAUAGAAACCUUGUGAGACUUUUGGGUUGCUGCAUUGAGGAUAAUGAGAAGUUGCUUUUAUAUGAAUACAUGCCAAACUCUAGCCUUGACUUUCAUCUAUUUGGUACUAAUGAUGAAAAAAGAAAACUUCUAGAUUGGAAGUUAAGAUUGAACAUUAUUAAUGGAAUUGCAAAAGGACUCUUGUACCUUCAUGAAGACUCUAGACUUAGAGUAAUCCAUAGAGACUUAAAAGCUAGUAAUGUUCUACUAGAUCAAGAGAUGAAUCCAAAAAUAUCUGAUUUUGGAUUGGCAAGGGCAUUUGAAAAAGACCAAGCUCAAGAAAAUACAAGAAGAGUUGUGGGCACAUAUGGAUACAUGUCUCCAGAGUAUGCUAUGGAGGGGUUAUAUUCAGUGAAAUCUGAUGUUUUCAGCUUUGGAGUUCUUUUAUUAGAGAUAAUUUGUGGACAAAGAAAUAGUGGAUUCUAUCUCGGAGAACACGGUCAAAGUCUUCUUAUAUAUAGUUGGAAUCUUUGGCAUGAAGGAAAAAGUUUGGAACUUGUAGAUCCAAUAUUGAAAGAGACAUACAUAGCCAAUGAAGUUGUAAGGUGCAUACACAUUGGUUUGUUGUGUGUACAAGAAGAUGCAAUUGAUAGACCAACCAUGUCCAAUGUUGUUGUCAUGUUUGCAAGUGAUACAAUGGCACUUCCCAAUCCUAAUCAUCCUGCAUUUUCAGUUGGAAGAAACGUUAAGGAACAUGGAUCAACUUCAAAAACUUCCAAUGAUCCUUCUGUUAAUGAAAUUACAAUAUCAAAUGUUUUCCCUAGGUAGGGACAUAAAAUGGUAAAAUAUUCUGUGAAGUUACUUUGGUCCGAGUAUUUAAAUCGUUGGAUAACACAUGACAACUCAAUGACUUUGACAAUAUGAGAAUUCAAAAUCUCAACUGUUCGAUUUUUUUAUCAACAAUUGAGAUCACUGACUACAAAUUGUAGAACCAAUUAUCACAACAAAUUGGGCAGCCUCCUAUGAGAAGCAUGUAAUAGUUUAGAGUUGCAAUCCUAACAUUGUAGAUAUUUAUUCUAUUCAUGUUGUAAAUCACAUAAUCUUGCUUUUAAAUUGUAUUAAGUUACACAUUUUUUGGGAUUUCUUCUUUCACAAUUCACACC